UGCAGUCAUGUGAUGGCCUCAGUGAAGAAUGCCAACAUGGAACCGUGGCAAGGACGGAAUCCUUUUCCUUAACAAUAACACGACGGAGAAAAACUUGCCAGUGGGCGUAGUUCGAUUAAUUACAUGAUAUAAUAAAAUUAUAGAGGGUUAGACUUUCCCCUGUGGUUUACUGAGAAACACCAUCUCCUUGUCAUCUCCCGGACUGUAUCAAUGGUGUCAAUAAGCAGCAGGACGCUGGUUACUGAUAAUGCCCUAUUCCGAGACUGCUCUUUGGUUUCCCUCGGACUAGAGGAGGGAGGGAGCAGUGAAGGGGGAAGCGAGGGGGGCGGUUCAGCUUACUGUUACAGUCCGGAGGGGGGCGACAUGGGGGCUCAUCUAAGCUCCAGUCCAGGACCAGAGGAGGAAGAAGAAGAGGAAGGGGGCCAUUUGCACCUCUUUCUUACCCAUACACCAGCAGAAGAGGGAGAGAAUCAGGAAGGGAGUGGUUCACAGGACCCGAGCCUGCCUGACUUUCCUCUCCGCCAGCCAUCCCAGUUCUCCCCAACCCUGGAUGACAUAGAAGAGUUCCUGAGGGAAAAGAUGGAGCUGGUGAGAGAAGGCCUACUGCUCCUUGAUGAACCUAGAGAAGGAUCUUCACCCUCCUCGUCCAGCUCUAGAGAGCCUCCUUCCUCUUACCCCGAGGAACACAUCGAACAUAAUGAUUCAGUGGUCAGUGCUGCUCUCUCCCCCCAAAGCCCUCACACACCUCUCAAUCUGCACAUCCCCAGCCCAACAACCCCAUCUCCCUCCCCAUCACCUUUAACCCCAUCUGUUGUCCUUGGUGCUCCCCUAGUGCUCCAACUCCAGUCCCUUCCCCUGGCCCAGGCAGGCUCCUCUGGGUCCUCUGCCGGCCUGCAGCUGGCCCACCUGGUUCUGGGACUCCAGGGUGCUGUAGGGCAGAACUUUACCCUGCUGGCUUCACAAGUACCCUCUACCUCUGCCACGCUUCUUCCCUUUGGUGGUGGAGAUACUUGUGGACCAGACCAGAAGUAUGUCAAGAUUGCCCCUCUCCCGAUCACAGUGAGGGCCUUGGGGGUUGCAGGGGUGACAGGGCUUGGGAGUCAGGGUGGUGUGAGCCUGGUGAAAGCUGUUCCCCCUCGGGUGAACAGAGUGCCCCCUACAGAGACACUUAGGGUUCAUAAAUGCUCCCACCCGGGUUGUGAGAAGAUGUACACCAAGAGCAGCCACCUUAAAGCCCAUUUCCGCAGACACACCGGAGAGAAGCCUUACACGUGUAGCUGGCCUGACUGCGGUUGGAGGUUCUCCCGAUCUGAUGAACUUUCUCGUCACCGACGCUCCCACUCUGGGGUAAAACCGUACGAGUGCUCGCUGUGUGACAAGAAGUUUGCCCGCAGCGACCAUCUGUCCAAACACACCAAGGUGCACCGCAGCCCACGGCCAGGAAGGAUAAUCAGAACCACAGUCUGAGCCCUGCCACCACCCUGCCCAGGCCCCUUAGCAGACACAGCUCUUCCUACCCUCCCAUCUCAGGCUCGCCCAGCCAGGGAGUCUAGGCCCUCCUCGGGACUGGUGCUACAGAAACAUAAUGAGACCUGAAGCUCUGAUCCCCCACCCCUCUGGCUUCAACCCGUCUCCCUCAUUUAGUCCCUUCUCAUCCCUCCUCCCAUCACUCUAAUCCAUCCCCACCUAUCCUCAGAUAAGUGCUUCUCUUGGUGCUACAUUGAGCCAGUGCUACGUUGAACAGUUACCCCCAGCGGAAGACUAACAUGCGAAAGGUCUCACAUCAGGGACUAGCCUGCUCACAGCCUCGAGCUUCUACUAGCCCUGGGAAAUAAUGAUUUCUGAUAGCUGAUAAUUAAUUUAAAUCUUUUCAGUUUUUCAAUGCCAAACAUCAGGCCUUGAUGCCUUUUUGCUCACGCAAUCAUGUUGCUCUUUGAACUUUAUGCCUUUGACCAAUUAGCAUGAUUAUUAGCCUAUGUGUUCCUUCCCUUUUUUAACCUUACCUGGUGUUGAUGCCUUUGUACAAUCACAGCCCUUUAUGGUCCCUAUCAAGAGCAACUCCAGUUGCUAGCACAGUUAACAAAUGCCUGCUCUUAUUGGAUUGUAAUUGUUGAACUGGGGUUUUGCCAAACCAGUCCUUUUUGGUCAUUUUCAAAUGUGAGCGACACACACACACCAAUGUGUGAUCUACAAGCUAUAAGCCUAGUUUCUCUCUUAUUGACACCGAUGCGGGUGAUAGUGGCCCAAUGUUUUACAAGUUAGCUUUACAAGGCCAUGUGAUGUUAAGAACUGCUUAUUCCGAUUUACAGUUGUACAGUUACUGUAAACUCUUAGUGGCCAGCAAGGAAAGCUAAUCAAUUACCUCCCAAAAAGACAAUUGACCUUAUCUACCCGUUUAGAUAAUCAGUAAAAUGUAAUAGUAGGCCUUCUGAACUAACUUGUACAGAGCACUUAGCAGAAUGUGUAGUCGUAUAAGAGACGUUCCUAUCUCAGUGCAUUAAGCUAUUCCAGUGAUGUCUCUGUGGAAGAGUUAUAUGAGAUUUGUUGUAUGGUCAUUCGUCUGAAUUUUUUUCCAGAUAUGACUUAGUAGGCACUGGCCUACAACUGCAUUGUGAGUGUAUGCCUGUGCCAUAGAAUCUAUAAGUUUCAUUAUUUCCUGUAACAUUUGUAACACAGCACAGAAGUCUUGAUAGUAGUUUUACAAGGACUUGCUUUCUAGGUUUGGAAGUGGAUAAGCUGUAGAUUUUGAAUCCCACUGUACACCACCUAUAAGCUCAGACCCAUUUAAAGUCCAUUAAACCAAGCCCUGUGUCUCUAAUGCACUUCUGUCGAGCAGAGCAAAGGACAGCUGAAAUGAAAUUGCAGUGAUUCAUCUACUGUAGUCGACACGCGUCAAAAAACCUUAUCCAAGUACAUGGGAACCAACAGAAGCUAAGCUCUUGUAUGGCGUAUCAUGGGUAAUGAUGAAACACUGCAGAAAAUGAUCACGCAAAUAGAAUGAUGUCUCCCUAUAACAGAUGACAGAUCCCUAUGAACAGACCACAGGGGCUUUGGUUCCACAAUUCUGGUGCUGUAACAAGAAGUUUUUUUGUACUGCUGGUCCAGCCUGUUUGGUCAAAUCUGUUAUAUCUGAUAUUAUUGUGUUAAAAUUCAAUGUUGAACAGAAGAGUGGUAACAUGCACUUCAUGCUGUACUUGCAUUCAAGACCAGUUUUAAAAAGGUGCCACUUUUGACUGUCAAACCCAGAAUAGAGCACUUCAAUAUGAGACGGUGGCAGCAGUUCAUCAUAUCAAAAGGACUUAACAGUGCAGAAGAAGGUAUUUAGUUGUAACGUUUUAUUUUAACAUGACUUGUGUUGAAAGAAGCUUUUCUCUUCAAGCUUUUCUGUAUGUAGUUAUGUAAAAAUGCAUCUCCCCACAGGUAGGCCGUGAUGUGCAUGGCUGGUUGUAAUGACCAUGCCAACUUGUAAAUAUCCACAACACAUCCACUCUGUACAGCAGCUAUAUCCACUGACAUACAGGCUAUAUUUUUUGAAUACCAGAAAUGCUAUUUUCCUAUGUAUGAAAAUAAAGUACAACAGUUGCUUC